CUUUUAUUCAUCAAAACAGCACCGCCAUUAAUUCCAACUUUUAGCCUCCUUUUGCCCCCACCAACCCGGGAAAACUUCUUCUUUCUUCUUCAUUCCUAGAAGUUUCCCGGGUCGACCCGUAUUCCUAUUUGCACCCCUCUUUCAAUUUUGCUGGUAUAUAUAAUAAAUAUAUAUAUUUAGUGGUUGCAUUAAUAUCCCUUUUUUGAAUUUGAGUUAUUGAAAUCUUCAAUGAUGACUCUUCUCUUCAGAUAGUUGUUGUGGUCAUUGGGGGAGAUGGAAGAACCGGGGCAGCUUAAAAGAGCUUUUAUAGAUGCUACUGCUGGUGCGAUUUCUGGUGGUAUAUCCAGGACUGUAACAUCACCUCUCGAUGUUAUUAAAAUCAGAUUCCAGGUUCAACUGGAACCCACUACUCAGUGGGCCUUGCUUGGGAGAACUGUAUAUGGCAAUUCAAAAUAUACAGGGAUGCUGCAAGCCAGUAAAGAUAUACUCAGAGAAGAAGGUUUACCGGGAUUUUGGCGGGGUAAUGUUCCUGCUUUACUGAUGGUUAUGCCAUAUACUGCAAUACAAUUUGCAGUGUUGCACAAAUUGAAAACUUUUGCUAGUGGCUCUUCAAAGUCAGAGGAUCAUGUUAACUUGAGCCCUUAUCUUUCUUACAUCAGUGGAGCAUUAGCAGGCUGUGCUGCUACCGUUGGUUCUUACCCGUUUGAUCUUUUGAGAACCAUUUUAGCUUCUCAAGGAGAGCCAAAGGUUUAUCCAAACAUGAGGGCUGCAUUUGUUGAUAUAUUCAGAACUCGUGGCAUUCGAGGAGUGUAUUCUGGAUUGACACCUACUCUUGUUGAGAUUGUUCCUUAUGCUGGUUUGCAAUUUGGAACUUAUGAUACAUUCAAACGCUGGAUGAUGGCCUGGAAUCUUAGAUCUUAUAAUGCUAUCCAUGGUGAUGAACAUCUGUCAAGCUUCCAACUUUUUAUCUGCGGUUUAGCUGCUGGGACAUGUGCGAAAGCCGUCUGUCAUCCUCUCGAUGUUGUAAAGAAGAGGUUCCAGAUUGAAGGACUACAAAGACAUCCAAGGUAUGGAGCUCGACUGGAGCCUCGUGCCUAUAGGAAUAUGUAUGAUGGCCUCCGGAGGAUCUUGAUCGAGGAGGGUUGGGCCGGACUUUACAAAGGGAUUGUCCCCUCAAUUGUUAAAGCUGCACCUGCAGGUGCUGUAACAUUUGUUGCUUACGAGUAUACAUCAGACUGGUUAGAGUCCACAUUGACUUGAAACUGCAGAGCAGUCUUUCUUACUUCCUCCUCCUUGGCGGUGGCAACUGGAGAGGGCUGAUAAUUUUGAGCUUUUGUUUAUUUUUUGUCAUUCUUUUUCUCCCUGUAUUUUAAGAAGCCCCAAAUGAAGUAAAGAAUGGGGCAGUGUUUGUAUUGUGUUCAAAUUGACCGGCUAGUUUCAGGCCAUAAGUUUACACAUCUUGUAAGAAAGGGAGUAUUAUAGGUUUCAUUCGGUUGGAUGGCUCUCUUUUUGUCUGUACAAGACGCUGAGCUCCCUUUAUGGUGAUCAGACUUUUUCAUGCCUUU